AUGCGUCAAAUUCUUCUUGCUCUUCGUCGUGGCAAUCCCAUCAACAUUCAUUCACUAAUUCUCAUCACAUUGCAGCAGUAUCAGCACUGGCGCAUGAAACGUCGUACAGCGGCGAUUUGCUCCGAUAUAAUACCGUUGAGUGACGACGAACCUGAUCCAUCAGAUGCUAAGCGGCCACCCAUGCCGAUAUGUCAAGAAUCAAUGGCAACACCUCAAAUUCGGUCGCUGCAUGAGUUGCAUACUAACAGAAUGAAAUGGUUCUGCCUUGACUGUGCUGCGCCGCAAGUGGACGAAGUAGAGGCAGUGAAACACUAUUUCAGUGUACAUGUGAAAACCGCUGAACAGGAAGCUACUGCGAGAGGAAUAUUGUUUCGACCAAUUCAUUAUCAACUUCGUUGUCCAUUUGACGAAUGUCGUCAGUUACUAAGCACGCCAAAAGGUCUUCGACUUCAUCUUAAUAAGAUGCACAGAGCGGCGACGACAUCUUCUUCGACAAAACUCGUAUCUGGAACACAUUUUGAAUUAAAACAGCCUUCUAAAAACUUAUUUAUACCACUGCAGCGGUACUUGGACCAACGGUCGGUGCCUGGAACGUCGUACACUAUAAGCCAUCUUGCCGUUCAUGGUUUACGUCGUUACGAUAUGUGCCGCGACUGCUUCCGUUGCUUUAAGAGAGAUUUUGACUGUGUUCUCAUGAAGGAUCACUUCGAGACAACGCACUGUAUUGCGUUACCGGAAGCAGAAAAUCGAGAUUUACUGUGCAAGACAUGCAGCGAAGUGAUACCAAAGUCGCAUCUGGCCGAGCACGUCAUCGAGAAACAUAGGGUUACCUGUUUCGAAUCAAGAGAUCCAGAAAAUAAGGGACAACUUAUUGUGAAGACGGGUGCUGUUACUCGUCGUUUCCUCGGUUUUCGUGUAAUCGAACACUUUGGUGAUCACUCGGACAUGGAUUAA